AUGGAGGAGAACUCGACGUACCUGCCGGUUAGAAGGGUCUCUGAGGACAUGUCGGUGGGUUACACAUCACCAACAACUAACUCCUCUGCAGCCUAUGACUACACCUUCUUCUACCCAGAACUGGACAUCAGCUGUGAUCUUGGAAGUAUUCCAGCAUUUACAUCGACCUUUUUACCAGUGCUGUACUCCCUACUGUUUGUGACUGGCCUUGUGGGAAAUGCUUUGGUUGUUUGGGUCCUAAUAGUCUUCAAGAAAGUCAGGGCCAUGUCUGACAUGUAGCUGCUGAACCUUGCCAUCUCUGACCUUCUCUUUGUUUUCUCCCUCCCCUUCUUGGUUCACUACUCCAUCAUGACCCAGUGGACUUUUGGAAAUGCGAUGUGUAAAAUCAUCAGCUCAGCUUACUUCAUUGGUUUCUACAGCAGCGCCUUUUUCAUAACCAUCAUGAGCAUCGACAGGUACUUGGCCAUUGUCCGGUCUGUCUAUGCUCUCCAGGUUCGGACAGCUGCCCAUGGGGUUAUCACCAGCUUGGUCCUUUGGGCAAUUGCCAUUUUAGCAUCUGUGCCAGACUUAAUUUUUUACCAGGAAACGAUUGACAAUGACCGGACAAAGUGCACCCCUCACUAUCCUGACAGCAACAUCAGCUGGAAGACUUUCAGUAAUUUUGAAGUCAAUGUCCUAGGGUGGCUGAUCCCUGUUGGUGUCCUCAUUUUCUGCUACCACAGCAUCUUGAAAAACCUGAAGAAGUGCCGUACUCAGAACAAGUACAAAGCAAUUAAACUGGUUUUUAUUGUCAUCAUUAUCUUCUUCUUCUUCUGGACCCCCAUCAACAUUGUGCUUUUUCUGGACUCUCUGCAGAACAUGUAUAUCAUUGAUGACUGCCAGACAAGCCAAAGGCUAGACAUAGCCAUGGAGCUGGCUGAGGUGUUCUCUGCCAUCCACUGCUGCCUCAACCCAGUCAUUUACGCCUUCGUGGGUGAAAAGUUCAAGAAGCAUCUCCGUGAAGCUUUUAGAAAAUGCACACGUUUUCUGUUGAUCUGCAAAGACUACAAUGCUUUCGAUGGGCGCAGCCUGGACAAACACUCCUCUCUGCAGGCGACGUCCUCACAGUUGUCUUCUGUUGGCACUGUCUUGUAG